AUGUUAAAACUCCGAGAAGACCAUCAGAGAACUGUGUGUGUAUCCUGCGUACCUGUCCUACCGACUGGCAGGGAGACGUCCCAGGGCCAACAGCUGGGUUCAGAGGAGCUAGACGGUCCCUGUGUGACGCCAACGGACGUGACGGAGAGACCUCAGGCUGCUGGGGCAAGAAAGAAGAAGAAGAAGAAGGGACAGGACCAGUGGGACGGUGUAGGUCCUCUCCCAGACUCAGCUGACCCUCCUAAAGGAGUCCAGAUGUUAUGGCACCCGUCCAUAGUGAAGCCCUACCUCACCCUGCUGUCAGAGUGCUCCAACUCUGAUACACUGGAGGGGGCGGCUGGAGCUCUGCAGAACCUGGCUGCAGGCACCUGGAAG